AUGGAAGAGAGAGUAUUCGAGACGAGAAUAGGUUCCAAGUUGCAUUACUUCAAGCGCGGCAAUGGGCCUAUUAUGAUCGUUUCGCCGCCAGCUUGGGGACUCUCUUCAAAGUAUCUUCAGGAAGGCCUCGCCCCGCUGGAACAGACAUUUACACUGGUUUAUCUCGAGUUUAGGGGAAACGGGAAAUCCACAAGGCCGGAUGCAUCCGAAAUGACCUGUUGGCACCUAGCGGAUGAUAUUGAGUACCUUCGCCAGGAAUUGCAGAUGGAAAGAGUACCGUAUCUGUUGGGUCACUCAGGUGGCGGCACAAUUGCUCUUUGGUACGCUAUAAGAUAUCCAGACAAGGUGGAUCGUCUUGUUCUCUUGAACCAUCGUCUGGAUGGCUUUGACGACGGUGAUUCGUUAAAGAACUCUAUUAUUGAAAAGAAACGGGAUCCGAAAAUGCAUGCUCCGCUCAGAGCAUGGACUUCUUCGUGGGACGAUCUUUCCGAUGAGAAAUUUGCUCAAAAAAUUCGCCUGUUUCUGCCAGUUUACUUUUUUAAUCCCGAUGCUUCUGUUCAGUCCAAAGAAUUAAAUAGCAUUCAAACUGUUCCCUUGUGGAACUACCAGCUUCUACAUGGCAAUGAACGAAAAGUUCAGCAUCAAGAGCAGGAACUUGGCAAAGUCGCAGCAAAAACAUUCAUGAUCUUUUGCCAAGCGGAUCCAGUUUGUACACCGACACAGGGCAAUGCGACUCAAAAAGGGAUUGUUGGGUCUAAGCUUGUGAUAUACGAGCAAUGUGGCCAUUUUCCAUGGAUCGAAAAAGGGGAAGAGACAUUCAGAGACAUUAUAGAAUUUUGUGCUUUAUAA